ACCUUUUUGUGUACCUUGUCAUGCACGCGGUUGUCAUUAUUAGGCGGGCUUUUGGCGCUUAGCACACAUUGCGUAAAUUUGUUUCGUUUCUGUUGUACUUUUUUGUUUGUUUGUGCAGUGUGACUGUUAAUUACUUAUAGUUACAGUUUUACAUUAAUUUUAACCAUGAGCGAUGAAGAAGACGUUUUAACCGGCAGUGAGGAAGAUGCCGAUUUUUCAGCAAGCGAAGACGAAUGGUUGCCCACCAAGAAAAAAGCCGGCAAAAAUGUCAAGGCCGGGAAUAGCUCCAAUGAGGAUGAUGACGACGGUUCCACUUCUCUGGAGGACAGCGAUCUGGAGGAUUUUGAUCAAAAAUCCGCGAAGAAUAAAAGAAAAAGAUCGGCCGGCAAGUCUACUGCGCCAAAACAGGCCCAGCUGGCGGAUAACAAAAGGAAACGUUUGACUCCAGGUUUGCGUGAUAGGCUGUAUCAGCAGUACAAAAACGAUUUGCUUAAAGAAAUUGCUCCGGCAAAGCAUCCACUUAACAGUAGCGUUAGCGAUAUUUUGCAGAAGUGCCAAUACCAGCGGAAAUCGAAUAAAUCGGUCGUAUCGCAAUCUGCAGCGGACGAUUCCGACAGUAGCGGAGAUGACCAUUUGGUUGAUCCGGAAAAGUUGGAUCUAGGUGCUACGUUCUUUAACAAGGAUGAACCGACCAAACCAUCGGGUAGCAAGGACGUACCCCCGCAGUUCGACGUAAACGCCGGAAUGCGACUGUCGGAUAGCUCGGAAGGUGAGGAAAAUCAAAUAAUCGGUGAAGAAUCACUGCCAGCCUCGAUCCCGAAGCGGGCCGCUGACAAACUGAUCAGCCAUAUCAACCAACAAUCGAGUGAAUUCAUGAAUUUUACUAAUCUCGACCAGUUCACGGCAAAGGUGGAGGAGGCAAAGAAGUUACUGAAAAGCUACCAGCAGCGGGAAAACGUCGGUAAAGAGUCGACGGUGGACAUUAGCAACAACGAACAAACCACUGUACAGCAGGAGAACGUGUCCAACUUGUUGGCUAUGGGUGAGAAAGAUGCGGAAAGUACGGGAGCAAAGCAGAAAGUGUCCGGUCCAGCGUUGGCUGGCGAUAGCACGGACUCGGAAUGGGAAGAAGUACAGACGGGCGAUAAUGUGGUGGAGAAGAAGGAAGAUACAAAACCGCCCACAGAAUCCACAGGUGGGUGGCAAGUAACGAUAGAGAUGGAAACUGCACAAAGCAAAAGAAAGCGCCGAGAAGAGAUAGAAAUGGAACUGUACAUAAAGCGAGAAAUUAACCGAGCUAAACGGAAGAACCAGCUCAACUAUCACAAGAGCAGUGUGUUGGGUGCUAUCUGCAUUGGGCAGCGCUUAAACAGCAUCGUUAACGGGAGUCAAUUGCGUGGCCUUCUGAUGUCGAUAAUGCAAACUAAAUGUACGGAGUCGAAAGUAAAAUGGGACGAUAAGAAGAUGAAGAGUUUAGCCACAUGGUACAAGGAACAGUUUGUGCUGCUUUCGAAUGAUUUUCUUGCACCUCGAAAUGGGUGCAACUUAAGCUUUAUUCUUUCGUUGGCUGUAUACACGCGUAAAGUGGCCUGUCGUCAGGAUUACAUACUGCUAUUCUUGGCAUGUCUCCGCAUGGCUGGCGUACAGGCACGUCUCGUUCUUUCCGCUAACGUACCACCGAAAAGACCGGCAAUGAGUGACCUAUGUCCAAUGUCCGAGCGUCAGAUAAAGGAAAAGUUUGAAAAGUGCCAUUCGAAUGGGAAAGCUGCUCCAACGCCCAAAGAUACUCCCGAAAAAGCUCCUGCCGAUACAGUAGAAAAGCAAAAUUUGGUUUCAAGCGAAGCGAAUGAACCGAAGUUAGAAAUUCCUGCGAUUUUAACUGAAAAUGAAGAAAAAAAUGAAAAAUCUCCUCUAUCGAUAGCGACAAAAGAAAAUCCAGCCCCGACUGGACGCUCCCGGCGACACGACAAUACUCAGAAACAGACACAGAAACCCGUCGAACAGACAAGGAUGUCCACAAGAAGGAAGGCGUUAUCCACGCUAAACAUUCCACAGUUGGAUGGGGGUGACGAUCGAAUCGUAACUUCCGAAAACAAGCUUCCCGAGACUCGCUCUCUACGCUCCAGAUCUGUUACAACAGGUCAAUCACAAUCGCCCGGAUCAGCACCGUUCGCGAAACGUAAAUCUAACACACAAAACACGAUUGAAUCAAAACCGCAAACUAUUACCACGCGUAAGAGGAAACUUUUCGCUGUACAACCGGAAGUAACACCCGAACCGGUAACAACAACACGCACUUCGGCUAGAAAAGCCGGGAAGCAAGCUCCGAUUCAGAAGGAAGAAAAAGAACCAAAGGUAAAGAGAAGAACGAUUCGUUCUGAUCCACCCUCAGAAGAUGAUGAUGAUUUUGAAAUGAAGAACAAAUCAAAAGCCAAGAAAACGGUUAAAGAACCCAAAAAGAUUGCUCCGGAGAAGGAUGAUAAAUUGAAAGUAAACACAAUGAAUAAUCCACAGCUUGUGCUGAGCGACAUUGCAAAAUCUCCCGAAGGCAAACAACUUCUUGCUCGCUCAUCUCCCAAAGCAGAAAAUCCACAGAUUGUGCUGAGCGAUAUUGCAAAAUCUCCCGAAGGCAAACAACUGCUUGCUGGCUCAUCUCCCAAAGCAGAAAGCACCGGUUCGGGCAUAAAAGCAAAAAAGACCGUCACGAAACAACCGCGGCGUGCAGCAGCAAAGAAGAAGAAUAAUUCCUACGUUUCGGAUGAUUCGGCCGAAGAUAGUGACUUUGAGAUGGCCAAAGAAUCCUCGAAGGUGCGCAAGAAAAGGAGCACAAGUUCGGCCACCACUAAGACGGCGAAGAAAUCUCCACGUGCCAGUCACCAAACGUCAGCGAGUGAGCCAAACAAUCAACGAAAAACGGAUCUUUGGAUUGAAUUCUACUGUGAAAAAUUGAAACGAUGGAUCACGUUUGAUCUUGCGACCGAACAGAUCGAUUGUUUGGAUUUGAUUAUGCGAAACGCAACCAGUCCAAUAUCUUACGUGUUUGCCUGGGACAAUGAAGGACACCUGAAGGAUGUGACCGCUCGUUAUGUGAAAAACUGGAACACGGCUUGCAGGAUGCUGCGCGUCGAGCAAGCCUGGCUAGACGACGUCCUACGUCCGUUCGCAUACGAAAAAUCCGAGUCGGAUCUGCUAGAGGAAAAGGAACUAAACAAGCUGGACGCCGACAAGCCACUGCCGAAGACGAUCAGCGAACUUAAGAACCAUCCACUGUACGCGUUGCGUCGCCAUCUGCUUAAAUUCGAGGCACUCUACCCGGCGGAACCGCCAACGCUUGGAUUCAUCCGCGGCGAGGCAAUAUAUCCUCGCGAGUGUGUGCAUACGCUGCAGACACGCGAGAAAUGGUACAAACAGGGCCGUGUUGUGCGUGCAUUCGAAACAGCGUACAAAGUGGUCAAGUGCUGGAGAUACGACCGACCGACCAACACCUGGCUGGGGAACCAACCGUGUGACAUAUUCGGGUUCUGGCAGACGGACGAGUUCGAUCCACCAACGGCCGAAAAUGGGCUGGUACCGCGGAACGAGUACGGCAAUGUGGAACUAUUCACCGAAAAGAUGCUUCCGAAGGGAACAGUUCACCUAAAGCUGCCAGGGUUGAACAAAGUUUGCAAACGGCUCCAAAUCGAUUGUGCCCCAGCGCUGACUGGGUUCGAUAUGGCGAAGAUGCGUAUGGUUCCGGUUUACGAUGGAUUUGUCGUGUGCAAGGAGUACGCGGAACAGGCAGUUGAAGAGUGGUACAAAGAGAUGGAGAAGGAAGAAAUUCGCGAGCAGGAAAAGUUUGAAAAACGCGUGUACGGUAAUUGGAAGCGAUUAAUUAAGGGAUUGUUGGUGCGUCGAAAGCUUCAGAACAAGUACAAUUUCGAUAGUUUAGCGCUGUAACAGCAUUUACUACGUUUCAAAUAUUCAUGUACAAUUUUAUAAAACGUUUAUCGAUGUACCUUUUUAAUAGUAUUGCCGAACCUUGAUGUAUUUUUUUUAUUAUUAUUAUUUUGUUAUGAGCUUAAAUAUACAUUUUUUUAUUUUUAA